GAACUUCAGUUGCUCGCGACGAGCCAUCCAGUGCGGUUGGAUGGGCUCUGAAAAGAAAAGUGAAUUGUAAUCGAAAAAGUGAAAAAGUAAAUAAAAAGUGCCAGAAGAUAAGAAAGUGGAAUACAUAACUGUGAACCGGAAGUGAGGCAAGAUAAAGGACAUUUCUUAUUGCUGUGCGCCCGCUUGUGCGUGUGAGCGAAAGAGACAGAGAGUGAGAGCGCAGAAUGGGGCUGCGUGCGACCCCAAUCAGUGCCAUGGGCGUGGCCUUCUGCCUGACCCUGCUUAUCGCACUGUGCAAUGCUGAGCUAACGCCGCCAUAUUUCAAUCUGGCCACUGGCCGCAAGAUACAAGCAACCGCCACAUGUGGCGAGGAUACAGAUGGACCCGAACUCUACUGCAAACUGGUCGGCGCGAAUACAGAGAAUGAUCACAUUGAUUAUUCAGUUAUUCAAGGACAGGUCUGCGACUAUUGUGAUCCCAAUGUGCCGGAGAAGAAUCAUCCGCCAUCGAAUGCAAUCGAUGGCACCGAGGCCUGGUGGCAGAGUCCGCCCUUGUCCCGUGGCAUGAAAUUCAACGAAGUCAAUUUGACCAUCAAUUUCGAACAGGAAUUCCAUGUCGCCUACUUGUUCAUUCGCAUGGGCAACUCGCCACGUCCGGGCCUCUGGACUCUGGAGAAGUCGACGGAUUAUGGCAAGACCUGGACGCCGUGGCAGCACUUCUCCGACACGCCCGCCGAUUGUGAGACGUACUUUGGCAAGGACACCUAUAAGCCAAUAACGCGCGACGACGAUGUCAUUUGCACCACGGAUUAUUCGAAAAUUGUGCCGCUAGAGAAUGGCGAAAUACCCGUGAUGCUCCUCAAUGGACGUCCCUCGGCCACCAACUACUUCAACUCGACCGUGCUGCAGGAGUGGACACGUGCCACCAAUGUCCGCAUACGUCUCUUGCGUACCAAGAAUCUGCUGGGUCACUUGAUGUCUGUUGCACGACAAGAUCCGACCGUGACACGACGUUACUUCUAUUCGAUCAAGGACAUCUCGAUCGGAGGACGCUGCAUGUGCAACGGCCAUGCCGAUACCUGCGAUGUCAAGGAUCCGCUGAGUCCGGUGCGCAUUCUCGCCUGUCGCUGCCAGCACCACACCUGCGGCAUUCAGUGCAACCAGUGCUGUCCGGGAUUCGAGCAGAAGAAGUGGCGCCAGAACACCAACGCGCGUCCAUUCAACUGCGAGCCCUGCAAUUGCCAUGGCCACAGCAACGAGUGCAUCUACGAUGAGGAGGUGAAUCGCAAGGGUCUCUCCCUGGACAUCCAUGGCCACUACGAUGGCGGCGGCGUCUGCCAGAACUGCCAGCAUAACACCGAAGGCACCAACUGCAACAAGUGCAAGCCCAAGUACUAUCGCCCCAGGGGCAAGUACUGGAACGAGACGGAUGUCUGUAGUCCCUGCAACUGCGACUUCUUCUACUCGACGGGUCACUGCGAGGAGGAGACGGGCAAGUGCGAGUGCCGUGCCGCCUUCCAGCCGCCCAACUGUGACUCCUGCUCUUAUGGCUACUACGGCUAUCCGCAGUGCCGUGAGUGCGAGUGCAAUCUGAACGGCACCAAUGGCUACAACUGCGAGGCUGUCAACGGCAUUUGCCCCUGCAAGACGAACUUCGCGGGCGCCCUGUGCAAGGAGUGCGCUGAAUCGUAUUACGGCUUCCCCGAGUGCAAGGCCUGCCAGUGCAACAAGCUGGGCUCCAUCAACAACGACUGCGAUGUCGUCUCCGGCAACUGCACCUGUCUCAGCAACUGGGGCGGCGCGCAGUGCGAACGGUGCAAGGAUGGCUACUACAACGAGCCCACAUGCUCCUACUGCGACUGCGAUCAUGAGGGCACCGAGUCGGAAAUCUGCAAUAAGGAAACCGGACAGUGUAUUUGUCGCGAAGGCUUUGGUGGACCGCGCUGCGAUCGCUGCCUGCCCGGAUACUUUAACUAUCCGUCGUGCCAGCCCUGCAACUGCUCCACCACGGGCAGCUCGGCGAUCACGUGCGACAACACCGGCAAGUGCAACUGCCUCAUCAACUACUCCGGCAAGCUCUGCAACAUGUGCAGCGCCGGCUACUACAAUUAUCCGGAGUGCUUGCCUUGCAACUGCGACGAACAUGGCUCGGAGGGCGUGACCUGCAAUGAGGACGGCUGCUUCUGCAAACCCAACUUUGACGGUCGUCAGUGUGAGCGAUGCAAGGAGUCCUUCUACAACUUCCCCGCCUGCGAGGAUUGCAACUGCGAUCCUGCGGGUGUGAUCGAUCAGUUUGCUGGCUGUGGGUCGGUGCCCGUGGGUGAGCUGUGCAAGUGCAAGGAGCGAGUGACGGGCAGGAUUUGCAAUGAGUGCAAGCCGCUUUACUGGAACUUGACCAUCACGAAUCCGGAGGGCUGUCAGGAGUGCGAUUGCUUCAUCGACGGCACCGUUUCGGGCCUGGACACCUGUGCGCCCAAGUCGGGCAAUUGCCACUGCAAGCCCCACACGAUGGGCCGACAGUGCCGCGAAUGCAAGGACGGCACCUUCGAUCUGGAUGGCUCUUCGCUGUUUGGCUGCAAGGAUUGCAGCUGUGAUGUUGGCGGCUCAUGGAAGAGCGAAUGCGACAAGAUCAGCGGCCAGUGCAAAUGCCAUCCGCGUGUUACGGGUCGCGCCUGCACCCAACCGCUGACCACUCACUACUUCCCCACGCUGCAUCAGUUCCAAUAUGAGUACGAGGAUGGCCAUCAGCCGUCGGGCACUCUGGUUCGCUACCAGUCAAACGAAGAGGACUUCCCCGACUUCAGCAGCAAAGGCUACGCCGUGUUCAACGACAUACAGAACGAGGUGCGCAAUGAGCUGACCGUGGUCAAGUCCUCGGUGUAUCGUGUUGUCAUACGUUACAUGAACCCCAACGAGAAGAACGUUACGGCUAGCAUACUUAUACAGUCCGAGAACCCACUGGAGGUGGACCAAAAUGUCAAGGUUCUGCUGCGACCAACAACCCAACCCGAGUUUGUCACCGUCUCUGGACCCAAAGGCAAUAAGCCUUCGGCCGUCGUUCUCGAUCCGGGACGUUACAACUUCACCACCAAGGCCAACAAGAAUGUGAUGCUGGACUAUUUUGUGCUCCUGCCAGCUGCCUACUAUGAGGCAUCCAUAUUGACCCGUCACAUAGCCAAUCCCUGUGAGCUGGGCAGCAUGGAACUGUGUCGCCAUUACAAAUACGCCUCCGUCGAUGUGUUUGAGCCAGCGUCCAAUCCGUUCAUCAUUGGCCCCAACGAUAAACCGACAAACCCCACUGAGGUAUACAGCGAUCCAGAGCACUUGGAGAUCGUCAGCCAUGUGGGCGAUAUACCUGUGCUGAGCAACACCCAGAAGGAGCUCAACUACAUUGUGGAUGUGCCGCGCAGUGGACGCUACAUCUUUGUCAUCGACUACAUCAGCGAGAGAAACUUUGCAGUGCCGUACGAUGUGAACCUCAGGUUGGGCAAUGAUCCAGACUCUCAAUCCUCGGUCUAUCUGUAUCCUUGCCUUUACUCCACGGUCUGCCGCACGCCCAUCAAUGACGACGGCCGCGAAAAGGCCUUCUAUAUCAACAAGGAGGAACUGCAGCCGGUCACCAUAUUUGCGGAUAUCGAUGAUGUCUAUCGCGUGCCCAUUAUUUCCGUAACGGCCAUCCCAGUCGAUCAGUGGUCCAUUGAUUACAUAAAUCCAAGUCCGGUCUGUGUUAUACACAACAAGGCCUGCGCCACCCCCAAGUUCCGCUCAGUGCCCGACUCGAAGAAGAUUGAGUUCGAGACGGAUCACGAGGAUCGCAUUGCCACAAACAAACCUCCAUAUGCCGCCUUCGACGAGCGUGUGAAGCUGGUGCACUUGGACAACCGACAGGAGGGCACAAUUGUGAUUGAGUCCAAAGUGUCGGAGCCGCACCGUUAUGUCAUUCUGGUGAAGUACUACCAGCCCAAUCAUCCCAAGUACCAGGUGCUCUACACACUGACCGCUGGCAAAAAUCAAUACGAUGGCAAGUUCGACAUUCAGCAUUGCCCAUCCAGCUCGGGUUGUCGUGGAGUCAUUCGGCCCACUGGCGACAACUGGUGGUUCGAUAUUGAGGAUGACUUCAAGUUUACCCUGACGAACUCGCGACCCCAGGGCGUUUGGUUGGAUUAUUUGGUGGUGGUGCCUGUCGAUCAGUAUAAUGACGAUCUCUUAGUUGAGGAGACAUUCGACCAGACCAAGGAGUUCAUCAAGAGCUGCGGCCAGGAUCACUUCCACAUCACACACAAUGCCAGCCAGUUCUGCCAGAAUGCUGUGUUCUCCCUGACUGCGGACUACAACAGCGGCGCAUUGCCCUGCAAUUGCGACUAUGCCGGCUCCACCAGCUUCGAGUGUCAUCCGUUUGGUGGACAGUGCCAGUGCCGCAAGAAUGUGAUUGGACGUCAGUGCACGGCCUGUCGCACAGGCUACUACGGCUUCCCCGAUUGUAAGCCCUGUGACUGCCCCAGCUCGGCCAUGUGUGAGCCAAACACCGGUGAAUGCAUGUGCCCACCAAAUGUGAUUGGCGUGCUGUGUGACAAGUGCGCGGAGAAUACCUAUGGCUUCCACCAGGUGAUUGGCUGCGAGAGCUGCAGCUGCAACUACAUGGGCAUUGCGAAUGGCAACCAGCAGUGCGACAUGUUCAACGGCUCCUGUGAGUGCCGCGAGAACAUCGUUGGACGCGCCUGCGACAGCUGUGCCAAUGGCUAUUACGAGUUCCCGCGCUGCAGCCAGUGCAGCUGCCAUACGCCGGGCACGGAGCUGGAGGUGUGCGACAAGAUCGACGGCAGCUGCUUCUGCAAGAAGAAUGUGGUCGGACGCGACUGUGAUCAGUGCGUGGACGGCACGUACAAUCUGCAGGCGAGCAAUCCCGAUGGCUGCACCACCUGCUUCUGCUUUGGCAAGACCUCGCGCUGCACCAGCGCCUAUCUGCGCGUCUACAACGUCAGCCUGAUGAGCCAGAGAACGAUCAACUCGGUCGACUUCAGCAAAAAUAGCGUCGAGUUCGAGAUAUGGGAUGUGUCCCAGGAGGAGCUUGUGCUCAACGAGACCACACUGCAGGCGGACUUCUCCUACAGGGAUCCGGGCGAUCAGCGCAUUGCCUACUUCGGCGUCCUGGACUAUCUGCUCAAUCAGAACAGCCAUAUAUCGGCAUAUGGUGGCGAUCUGGCCUAUACACUGUACUUCACAUCGGGCUUUGUGGGCAAGGCCAUUGUGGCGCCGGAUGUGAUUUUGCUCAGCAAGGAUCAUGUGCUUGUGCACCAGAGCUACGAGCAGCCGAGCAGCAAUUUGCCCUUCAAGAAUCGUUUGCAAAUGGUGGAGACGAAUUUCCAGACGCUGACUGGGAAGUCUGUCAACCGCGCCGACUUCAUGAUGGCCUUGCGUGAUCUCCGAAUGAUCUUCAUACGCGCUAACUACUGGGAGCAAACCCUGAAUACGCAGCUCUCCGAUGUCUAUCUGACGCUGGCCGACGAGGAUGCCGACGGCACGGGCGAAUAUCAAUUCCUGGCCGUGGAGCACUGCCAGUGCCCUCCCGGCUAUAUGGGACACUCGUGCGAGGACUGCGCCCCGGGCUAUCAUCGUGUGGAGAACGGGCCAUAUGGCGGCUACUGCGUGCCCUGCGAGUGCAACGGCCAUGCCGAUACCUGCGACUGUGCCACUGGUGUCUGCAAGGACUGCCAGCACUCGACGCGUGGCGACCACUGCGAGCAGUGUCUGCCUGGAUAUUAUGGCAAUGCCACCAAUGGGUCGCCGCACGACUGCAUGAUCUGCGCCUGUCCACUGCCCUUCGACUCGAACAACUUUGCCUCAGGAUGCGAGAUCUCGGAGUCGGGCGAGGAGAUCCACUGCGAAUGCCUGCCCGGGUACACGGGUGCACGCUGUGAGAGCUGUGCCAAUGGCUUCUAUGGCUCGCCCGAGACGCCGGGUGAUGUGUGCAAGCCCUGCGAAUGCUCCGGCAAUAUAAAUCCGAAUGAGCCAGGCUCCUGCGACACUCGCACAGGCGAAUGUCUGCGUUGUCUGAACAAUACCUCCGGCAUGGCCUGUAACCUGUGCGCACCUGGCUUCUAUGGCGAUGCAGUGCAGCUGAAGAACUGCCAGAGCUGCGACUGCGACGAGCUGGGCACUCUGGAGUGUGAUCCCUUCGUGGGCAAGUGCAAGUGCCACGAUAAUGUCAUUGGCGAACGCUGCGAUCGCUGCAAACCAGAUCACUAUGGCUUCGAUUCCGGCAUUGGUUGUCGCGCCUGCGACUGCGGAGCUGCAUCCAACUCGACCCAGUGCAACGAACAUACGGGACACUGCCUGUGCAAACCUGGUGUAACGGGUCGUCAGUGCGAUCGCUGCACCCUGGAUCACUGGAAAUACGAGAAGGAUGGCUGCACGCCAUGCAACUGCAAUCAGGGCUAUUCGCGUUCCGGCACCGGCUGCAACCCGCAGACGGGUCAGUGCGUCUGCCUGCCUGGCGUGAUUGGAGAUCGCUGUGAGGCAUGCCCGAAUCGCUGGGUGCUCACUGAGGAUGGCUGCAUGGAGUGCAACAACUGUCAUCAUGCACUCCUCGAUCUGACCGAUAAGAUGCGCUAUCAGAUCGACGGCGUCCUCCAGGACUUUGAAAGCGUCAGCAUGGCCUUCUUUACCAGCCAAAAGCUGAACUACUAUGACGAUCUGGCGGAUGAGCUGGCACCCAAGGUGCAGGCCCUGGACCCAACCACCGUGAACUUGUCGCCAUCACAAAAGCUAAUCAGCGAUCUGGAGGCGGACACCAAAGUCUAUGCCAAGCAGGUCAAUCAAACGCUUGACAAUGCCGUGGACAUUCGUCUCAGAUCUGGCGUUUUGCUAAGCAACGUCUCCGCCGUGCAUGAGGAGGCACUGGGCACCGUGGAACAAGCCAGGGAUGCCAUUGACGCGGUCGAGGCUCUGUCGGAGAAUCUUGAGGCAACGGAGGGCACCAAAAUGGAUGCCGCCCUAGAGCAGGCUCAAGACCUACUCAACCAAAUCAAUGCCACCACCAUCGAGGUGCAGACCAAUGAGCUGGUGCUGGAGAAAGCGCGCCAGCUGUACGACGAGGUGGAUAAUUUAGUGGAUCCGAUCAAGAAGCAAAACAAAAGUCUGAUCGAAUUGAAGAAUUCAAUAGGCGAAUUCAGCGACAAUCUGGAGGAUCUAUUAAAUUGGAGCGAGCAGUCGCAGAGUCAGUCUGCCGACGUGGAGCGCCUGAAUGUACUGAACAAGCAGGCGUAUGACAAUUCCAAGUUCGACACGGUCUCCGAGCAGGAGCGAGAGGCAGAGAAGAAUAUCAAUGAAGCGGAGAACUAUCUGAAAAAUGGGGACUUCACGCUCACACACAUUGACAAGAAACUGGACGAUCUGCGCACAGCACUGAAGCAGCUGAAGGCGGUCAAUAUGGACGUGGAUAACUAUCUGCCGGAACGCGAUUCCCAGUACAUUGAGGCCGACGAACUGACACAGCAGGCCGAGGAGCGGGCAGCCGACUUGACUUUGAGAGCCAAGGACCUGGCCGCCCAAUACUUCGAUAUGACCUCCAGCUCGGAGCCGGCCAUGCAGGCGGCUACCGCUUAUUCAAAUAUUGUGGAGGCUGUGCAGUCGGCUGAGGCAUUGGCACAGGAUGCCAAAAACGCCGCAAGCGAUGCCACUCAGAAGACCGAUGGCAUUGAGGAGCGUGCCGGAGAAGCAGAUAUCAAGUCGAUGGAGCUGUUGCAGAAGGCGCGUCAAGCAUUGCUUAAGGUGCAGGAUGAUCUGGAGCCGCGUCUCAAUGCCUCGGCUGGCAAGGUGCAGCAAAUCUCGCAGUUGAAUGACGCCACCAAUGACCAGCUGAAGGAGAUCAAUAUACUGAUCGAGAAAUUGCCAGCUGAAACGCAACGGGAUCUGUGGAAGAGCUCGAAUAGCAAUGCCAGCGAUGCUCUGGAAAUCUUGGAGAACGUGCUGAAAAUUCUGGAGCCGGUUAGUGCCCAAACACCCAAAGAGCUGGAAAAGGCACAGAACAUUAGUCGCGAUGUAGACAUAACCAACAAGGACAUCUCGCAGGCGAACAAUCAAUUGGACAACGUAGAGAAGCACCUACCCAAGCUGGGCGAGCUUGUCGACGAGAUCGGCGCCGAGCAGCAGCAGGUGACUGAACGCAGCCAGAAGCUCGGCAAGGACAUUGAGCAGCUGAAGCGUCAAAUCGAAACCGCCAGACGCAUCGCCAACAACAUUAAGGUGGGCGUACACUUUACGAACAACACCGUGCUGGAGCUGAAGACACCCGAGAAGGUACCACUGCUAGCCACCAAGACCAACCUGUCGAUGGCAUUCAGAACUAAUGAACCGAAUGGCUUCCUCCUGUAUUUGGGCAACGACAACAAGACCAGCCAUAAGAACAAUGACUUUGUGGCCCUGGAGAUCCUCAAUGGGUAUCCGAUCAUGACCAUUGACCUGGGCAACGGACCGGAGCGAAUCACCAGCGAUAAGUACGUGGCCGAUGGCAAUUGGUAUCUGGCCAUAUUCGAUCGUGUGGGCUCUAAUGCCAAGCUCACCAUACGGGAGCAGCUGAAGAAUAAAGACAUCAAGGAUCACACCAAAUCCGCCUUUUUGGUUGGCUCCAACAAUGUGCUGCAUGUGGAUCGGAACAGUCGACUAUUUGUCGGCGGCUAUCCCGGUCCCUCCGACUUCAUUGCACCCGAUGACAUCAACUUCAGCUCCUUCAAUGGCGACAUCGAGGAUCUGCGCAUAGGCGAUGAGAACGUCGGCCUCUGGAACUUUGUCUAUGGCGAGGAGAAUAAGCAGGGCGCCAAGGAACGUGACGUGCUGCUCGAAGAACAAAUGCCGGUCACGGGUCUGCGCUUCAAGGGCAACGGAUUUGUCCAGCUGAAGGCGUCACAGUUCAACUUCAAGAUCCGCUCGAGCAUUCAGUUCCGUUUCAAGGCCGCCAAGGAUUCCGGCAACGGUCUUCUGUUCUUCUAUGGCCGUGGCUCGCACUACAUGUCCAUCGAGCUGGUCAAUGGGGCAAUCUUCUUCCGCUUCAAGCUGGGCGACAGCUUGGUAUCCUCGGGCAGCCAGCAGCACUACAAUGACAACCAAUGGCAUCGCGUGGUGGCCGAGCGAGAGGGUCGCCAUGGACUGCUCAAGGUGGACGAUGUGCUGAUAUUCCACGAGCAGGCGCCCGCCGGCGGCAAGGAAGAUAUGCCCAAUCUGAAGCGCAUGUACUUCGGCGGCUAUCCGGGUCCUCGCAACUUUUCGGAAAUUGUCGAACAGAACUUCGACGGUUGCAUCGAUGACGUCAGCAUUGCUGGCCAGAAAGUGGAUCUGACACAGUAUAUAAAUGGCACAGGCGUGGCCGAGGGCUGCCCCGACAAGUUCUCCACGACGCUAUCGUAUCCACCCUAUGAGUAUGGCUUCCUGCGCAUCGGAAACAUCUCGUCCAACAACAAUUUCGAUGUGGUGCUGCGCUUCAAGACCCGACAGCCCGAUGGCGUGCUCUUCUAUGCCGCCAACUACGAUCAGAGCUCCACCAUUGCCCUCACCCUGGAUCGCGGCUAUCUCACGCUGCGCAGCAUGGGCAGCGAGGUGGUCAUCAACAGCCAGCAGUAUGACGAUGGCGAGGAUCACUCGGUGACCGUACACCACGAUGCCGAUCAGCUUCGACUCUCCGUGGAUGACACCCGAGAUGAACGACUGGGCUUGCCCGCACCUCUGGAGAUAAGUGGCGGCGAUAUAUUCUUUGGUGGACUGCCAGAUAAUUAUGUACCGCCCAAGGGUGUCAUAUCCACGUUGGCCUACUUCGUGGGCUGCAUCAGUGACGUCACCGUCAACGGGGAGAUUAUCAACUUUGCGGACAGCGUGGAGAAGAAGAAUGGCAACAUCAAUGGCUGUCCAGAGCAUAUACUAGCGUACGAGCCAAGCUUGUUGCCCACCUACUAUCCAAGUGGCACCAAUGAACUGGAGCCGCCGUCAGAGCCUAGAAAACCACAUAAGCCUGAUAAUGUGGACAUGUUUAUGAUUCCGCCAACUGAAAGUUCCACAACAACAACAACAACGUCGACUACGACAAGCACAACCACCACAACAACUACAACAACAACGACCACCACACCGUUGCCCAUAGUGGAGCCACUCCCACCAUUGGGUCCGCCCACCACUGCUAAGCCAAUUGGCAAACUGCGUCCGCCACCCAUCCUCAACCAGCCCAGCGAUCCCAGCUGCAAACUGCCCGUCAAUCCCAAUUAUGAUGUAGACUUCGUGCAAGCGGGCUAUCGGUUCUACUCGCUCAAGGAUCAGCGUCUGGAAUUCCAAACACUACCCGUCAAGCUGCGCAAGCAUUACGAUAUCAGCUUGUCCAUACGAACCAGCUAUCCCAAUGGCCUGCUCUUCUAUGCAGCUGGCCAGGAGACGGAUGACUUCAUAGCGGUCUACAUGUCGGAUGGCCGUGUGUACCACCAGGUGAGCGUUGGCGCCACCGUCUCAGCGAAGAUCUCCAGCGAGGAGGAUCUGUUGGAUGGCAAUUGGCAUACAGUAGAGUUUGUGCGAACCAAUCGCAAGAUUAGCCUCAGCAUAGAUGGCGUGGAGCAGGCGGGCUCGGUGGAGCUGAACAAUGAACGCGCCACCACACCGCCAAUCCUGUCGGUGACAUUCCCCGUCUAUGUGGGCGGCAUUACCAAAUACCUGGAAUCGAAUCUCAAACUUCAAACUGGCUUUGGAGGCAACAGCACAUCAUAUUACAACGGCUGCAUCCGGGACAUCAAGUUCAAUGGCCUGGGCCUGGAGACGGAGCCGAUUGUGCACCAGGUGGUGCCUUGCUCCGAGGAAGUGGAGCUCGGAUACUACUUCCAUCAGCCCACUGGCUAUGUGAAGCUCUUUGAGCGCUUCAUUGUGGGCACCGAUGUCAGCAUCAACUUUGACUUCCGACCACGAGAUCCGAAUGGCUUGCUGUUCUCAGUGCAUGGCAAGAAUUCGUACAUGAUCCUGGAGCUGGUCAACAAUUCGCUCUUCUUCACCGUGAAGUCCGAUGCCAAGAACACAAUUGUCACCAACUACACGCUGCCGGACGGUGCCAGCUUCUGUGACGGCAAAUGGCGCAACGUGCAGGCCAUCAAAUCCAAAUUUGUGAUCACCAUUGCCGUGGACUAUAUCAGCUCCAAGCCGGGCGUGGGCAGUGACGGCUCGGCUUUCACUAAGACGAAUCGUCCAUUGUUCAUGGGCGGUCAUCAUGCGUUCGCUAAGGCGCCGGGCAUCAAGACCCGAAAGACCUACAACGGUUGCAUCAAGAACGUCCAAGUCAACAAGAAGGAUGUGACCAUAACGCCCAAUCUGGUCUUUGGCGACAUCUGGCAAGGUGUUUGCCCACAGAACUAAGCCCCCGUACAACGACACUCGACUUGAUCAAGGAUACCCGAUAUGAUUUACUAAUGGAUGUCAAGUUAGCCAACAUGGAGAGAUGACAACCUCUGGAAUUCUGAAAUGGACUACGAACGAACAAACCAAACGAACAAGAUCGACGAGCUGCCAAAUAAUCUGGAAGUUCCACGAGUCACGGACUUACAGUAUAGCCGAACGUCGUACAUAUUAGUUUAUAUAAGUAAAAUCUUGUGCCAAUCCGUAAUAUCCAUAUAUUGUUUAAUAUUUUCGUCAUUCUGAUAAUUUUG